UAAUAUCUGUUAUAGUACGAUUAACGGCAGCAGUAAGUAAACUUCCAAUAGCGUAGCAAUUAACAAUUAAAAAAAUGUAAAGCAUUUUAUUUUUAAGAUAUAAAAUAUUGCGGAAAGAGUCAAGCCAGGUUUACGGAGGGGCGUUCUCUGUGUCCGGCUUCACAGUGUGUAUCUAUGGGAAUCCACCACCAGCAGCGACACAAACACACACAGCAGGCGAGGUAGUCACCGUAGCACUACAAUCCAGUGCGUACUUUAAAAAAAUCAUGUCGAGUAGCGUGUUUUUAUUCACGACCUGACAACUCCAGUCUGCUGUUUACUAAGUAGUCUCGGUUAUAGUAUAUGAUAGUGGUUUAUGAGCCCGGUAGCCGUACAGUAACGCACUGAAUGGCGAAGAGAAGAGCGAGACGCGACUCCAGCAGCCCAACAAGAUGAUGCGACGUCAAAUCUGCGGCUAAAUAAACGUGUAACGUUACUACUGAAUAAAACACUAUAGUGGCGAUAUUGAUCGACCUCUUACUGAACACGGCUAACGUUAGUUAGCAGGCUAGCUGGGUUUAAAUCAGGUGAAACUGAAAGGGUGUUGUUGUUGUUAGCUGGGCCAGAUCGUCACGUUGUUUUACUCCGGCUUAUUUUAAGAUCGCCGGCGGGUAGUUGGGAUCUUUUUUAACAGACAAAAUGGCAACGGGCUCCAGUUACCAUUCCGGAGGGAGUGGAUCUAGAAACGGACCGUCAUUCGCAUCACCGUCGUCUUCCUCGUCUGGAGUGCCGGGACAGGCUCAGCCGAUGGCGGUGGUUUGGGAAUGGCAGGAUGAUCUGGGCUUCUGGAGGCCUUACACCGGACAGGUGAGCAGCUACAUCGAGCAGUGUCUCCAGCAGCAGAGAGGAGCCGGGCCCAACAGCAGCAGCAGCAGCAUCUGUCUGGCACAGGUAGACCCCAGCCUGUCUGCGUACAUCAUCGACAUCCCCAACCUCAAACAGUUCAGACAGGACACGGGAAAGAUGCGUGCUGUGCGGCGAUCCCUGUUCCCGCAGUCCUCUGCCCUGGGCAGUGGGGUUCUUUGGGAGUGGGCCAAUGAUGAAGGAGGGUGGACGGCAUAUGAGAUCCGAACCUCAAUUAUGCUGGAGAACAGCUACCAGGCAAGGCAGGCCACGGCUGACCUGAGCCCACACGGCUACAACUACAUUGUGGACCUCACUGCUUUACAGCAAGUCAACAAGGCCACCAGCUACAGACGACAUGUCAGGCGGCAAGGCAGCGUGCCAUAUCCUCUCGCCUCCGGUUCGGUUAUUCACUCGGGCCCGGCCUGUUCCUGUCACCAAUGUUUGAGCAAUAGCAGCGCCGCCGGACCCAUGCUGGGCCGGUCACGGCAUUCCUUCACCGCGGGGCAGGCCAACCGGCCCAGCCUCCAGACCCAACAUGGACGACUUCCUGGAACCAGCUCUUCUUCAGCCUACUCGCCCUACCCCAGAAGACCUCUCUCGAUGGGAAACUUGUUAUGGAACGGCCCGUGGAGCACCCCCACCUCUGUGGCUCAUUCUUCAGGACCGCCACAGGCUUUUGGUCACCAUUCAAAUGGCUUAAGCAUCCCAACCGUCCCUCUACACAUGAACGGAUCCAGUAGUGUGAACUCUGCUCUGGCAGGCAUGGCUUCCAUUUUGAUGUCAGCUGCAGGACUGGGAGUUCGCUUCUUGACCGCCCCCUUCUCCCAGAGUGGCUCCAGCAGGCCCACCAAUGGCCAGCCCAGCUCCGUUAAGAGGGCAAAGAGACAGUCCAGGACAGCACCAGCUCAGAAACCAGAAGAAGUCAUUAAGAAAUACAUGGAGGAAGUGCCUGGGGUCCCAGAUGAGGACUGUAUUAUCUGUAUGGAGCGCCUGUCCUGCCCGUCUGGUUAUGAGGUCCCAGCUGAGUGCUCUCAGUCUCUUCAGCCCAACACCGUGGGCAAACUCACAAAAUGUGGUCACACUUUUCACAUGCUCUGCAUGCUGGCCAUGUACAACAAUGGAACCAAGGAUGGGAGUCUUCAGUGUCCCUCAUGUAAGACAAUCUACGGAGAGAAGACCGGUACCCAACCAAAGGGGAAGAUGGAGAUUUACAGUAUCCCUCAGUCUUUGCCUGGACACCCAGACUGCGGCACAAUACAAAUCAUUUACAACAUCCCGCCCGGAAUACAGGGUCCUGAGCACCCAAACCCAGGGCAGCCGUAUACGUGCAGAGGAUUCCCUCGCUUCUGUUUCCUUCCUGACAAUGACAAAGGAAGAAAGGUGCUGGAGCUGCUGAAAGUGGCGUGGACACGGCGCCUCAUCUUCACCGUGGGCACUUCCAGCACCACAGGGGAGCCGGACACCGUCAUAUGGAACGAGAUCCACCACAAGACGGAGAUGAUGUCCAACGUCUCCGGCCACGGCUACCCCGACCCCAACUAUCUGGACAAUGUGCUCUCAGAACUGGCGUCACAGGGCGUGACGGAGGACUGCCUGAAAUGAGACCCUCAGUGCCAGGGGGCUCAAGGUUCAGCCAUGUGAACCAGACCGUCCCAUCUACUGUAGAUCUAAUAAAACCUGAUGAAAAGGGAAGACUAGAGUUACGCUGUUGGUUGGAUGUAUGUAUGAGAAUGUAGUUGAAUGCAGCGUUCCUCAUCCAUUUCCACUCUUCGGCUGAGUCUAGAAUAUUAACGCACACGUAGGGUCACUGGCUUCGUGGUCAUCUUUACUUUCCCCGUAUUGUAAGGCAGCUACAGAUGGUUCUGCGGGAAUGGCUCGGUUUAAUGUUUCAGAUUGGUGCCCAAAUCUCAUGCCUGGAGGAAACUUGCCAAUUUAGGCAUCCAUCUAAACACGUGAUUCAUCAUAGGGGCUAUGAUGUCCUUCCUGACGUACUACAUUACAGUAGAUCAUCUGCGACUAUUAUCAUUGUACUAUUGCUGGGAAUCAAGCAUAUGUUAUUUCUUUAAAAGCAGUACGAAAACAGUAAAAAUUGCACAUCAAUGUAAGUCAUAAAUCUUUACUAGUACGUUGAAAUGUACUGCUACAGAAAUGAAAGGCACUUUUAAAGAAUUUGCAGCUGUUGAUUCGUUUUUGUCAGAUUUGGUGAUGGUGUUCAUUUGCUGCUAUUACUUUCCUUGGUUUUUUUUUUUGUUUGUUUUUUUAACAAUCAUGAGGGACUUAAAGGUAUAGUCCAUACAGAAAUGUAAAUUGUCAUAAUUUACUCACACUCAUGUUGUUCUAAACUUGUAUGAUUUGCCUUUUACUUAGAAAGGAAGAAGAUGUUUCUGUUACCAUUGACUUACAGGACAAAAGUUGCAAUGAAAUGUAUUUUGGUAUCCAGCAUUCUACAAAAUAUCUUUUGUGUUCCACAGAAGAAAGAAAUUCAUGCAAGUUCGGAACGACAUGAGAGUGAGUCAGUGAUGGCAGAAUUUUCAUUUUUGCAUCAACUGACACUUUAAUUUUCGUCUCAAUUCCACGUAAUCCGUUUCUAUUGCAAUGAGCCCCCUUUUCUUUUGAAUAUACGUUCAUUUUAUCUAUUUAAAAAUGCAAGACUUUCAACAGCUUAGCAUCACUAUGUAAUGUUGUUAAAAAAAAUUCAAUGCUUAUUUAAUUGUAGUCUGGAUCCUGAAAAUAGGUGUAAAAUAAUGCAGUUCCACAGCGUUAUCAUUGAGUUGCAGUAUUAGAUAGUGCCACAGAGACAAUCAGCAGUGUUUAAGAUACAGUUCAUUACCACUGCGGGUCUGGAGACAUUCAUUCAUCAUCUCAUAUUCCACAAUAUGGGAUAUUUGGUUUUACAAUGUAUGCAACUGUAUAUAUAAAUAUAUAUUCGACUUCUAAUCAGCAAUAAACAUUACACAAUAUAA